AUGCAUUCCGAUGCAUUCGAUGUGAUACCAUACGAUGACAUUAAAGGCGAUUGGAAAAAGCUGGGCUCAGGCUCCUUCGGUAAUGUCUACAAAGGGACUUACCUUGGUAUCGAUGUUGCCAUCAAGGAAGUUCUCCCCUCUACCGAAUACGACGUCGCCAAAUACUUUGAGCGUGAAUGGCGCCUCAUGAAAGAAUGUCGGCACCCCAACAUUUGUCUCUUCAUUGGUCUUAGUCGCGCACCCGCCCCUGAUAACCGAAUCUUCAUCAUCUCAGAGUUCAUUGAGAACGGGAAUGUACGCAUAUAUAUUCACGACAAGAGCAAGCCCUUCCCAUGGCGACUCCGUCUCUCCUUCGCCACCGACGUCGCGCGGGCUUUGGCCUAUCUGCAUGCACGAAGAUGUAUCCACCGCGAUCUCAAGGGCGAGAACCUUCUGGUGACAUCCAACGGCCGUCUCAAGAUUACCGAUUUUGGGUUCGCCCGCAUCGCUGCCCGGAAUGAGGAAGAAUCGAAACGACUGACAUUCUGCGGCACGGACUCCUAUAUGUCCCCUGAAAUCCUUUUAGGCGAUGAGUUCGAUUUGUCCACCGACAUCUUCUCACUGGGCAUCAUCUUCUGCGAAAUUGGUGCUCGCAAGCUGGCGGACGACCACCACUUUAAGCGGCACCCACCGACGUUCGGCAUCGAUGCCGGCGAGGUGAAGAAACUCAUGAGCGCAGGAUACCCGGAGGAUUUCUACCAGCUCUGCAUCGACUGUUGCGCGACAGAUCCGAAGGACCGACCUACGACGCGCGACAUUCUUGAUCGACUGAGGGCUAUCGAAGCCGAGGUUCUCUCCCGCCCAGAUGAAGGAACCGACAUGCAUUUGGGCAGUGUGAGGUUUAUGACGGGUGGUAAGCGACCCACAGGAGCCCCUCGUAUUCCCAGCUUUGGCGUAGGCGUCGGCAAGGAUAUCCGGAGCGGGACGAGCACCGACGAGAGCGACGAGGAGCUUAUGGAGGCUGUCAUGGGCUUGAAUGGAGUCGAUCUCAAUAGCAGCUGGAGUGAAUCGUCGUCAAUGAGUAAAGAGCCGUUACUCAACCGCGAAGGGACUGAAUACAGCACAACCGUGGUCAAGUCGCAACAAGGCCCUCCUCCGUCUUUCUCUUCCGUCCUAACGAUCAGACCCUCGCCUGACCCGAAUCAAACUCCAGAUCCCAUCCUCCCAGCAACGCCUCCCUCAGGCUCCCCUUCUCCUCGCCCCUCCACAAUCAACGGGCGUGCCGCCUCAUAUAUCGACCCCCUCGGCACUGACUCGAUCAUGUCUAUCGCCACUUUAGAUUCGUACCACACAGUAGCAACGCCAUCGACCAUCUCCAGCGCUUUCGCCACAGAGGGCGGGUCGACGAUCCGCUCCCUUCACGGCAACUUUGUCGCGCCACUCGUGCACCGGUUCACGCUCCUGAAGCCAGGCAAGCAGAAACGGAGCAGCGGGUCGGUGUCGCCCCACCGUGGGCCGGGGUCAGAACGAGUGGAAAACGCCGGCUGGAACCCGCUCGAGAUGCUCUUCUCCAGCGGGCUCCUUGUGGGCAAAUGCGAUCUGUGUAAUAAGCGAAUUGGGUGGAAGCCCGUGUUGGAAUGUGAUGAUUGUGGUCUGAGGACACAUGUCAAGUGUGGAGAGCUCGCGCCUCGCGAUUGCGGUCUCCGUCCUGCCCGUCCUGGUGCCUCCCAGUCGCCCCUCAGUGCCGUCUCGCCCCUCUCCAAAGUAAAGCAUAGCGCUGCCCUCGUACACGAAGAAAUGAAGGCUACGUCUGCCACGCCAGUCAGGCGGUAA